AUGUCGCGCAACAACAGCAGCAACACCAGCAGCAGCAGCAAGAAGGGCUCGGGUCGCAAACCCGACUUCGCCGCCAUUGGCGACCGCCGCAGGCAGCAUAGCCUGCUCUCUGGCGCCGAUGCGGGCAAUCUCGCCCCCGCUGAGGGCAUGGAGGGCGUCACACUGAUGUCCCAAGAUGCUCCUCGUCCUUGUCCUCCUCCUUCUCACCCGCCUGCCAACCAGCAGGGCCAGGGUUCCCCCGCUGACGCUCUCGCCAGGAGCGUCAUCACCGAGGGGUCUGCCAACCGGCAGACAUACCUCGCCCCAGGGAUUGGUGGCCCGCCGGUCACCGUCCCUGCCCCGGCGACUGCUUCACAGCAGGAGCUGGCAACCCCCACCGGUCAGCCAUCCGCUGACUGGAUGGAUAGCGGCCUUCCCAUGGCCCAACGCGCCCAGGCUUUUCAGGCCUGGCAGGCUGAGCAGGCUGCCACCUGGCAGGCCUGGCGGGAAGCCGGCGCGCCCCCAUGCCCCCAAUGCAACGGGGCUCACGCUCCUCCUCAUCGAGAUGAGGAGGAAAAGAAGAGCUUUUCAGCCCGUAAAACCACGGGCAGGAAAGUCCUGAAGAGCUUUCAGGCUCAACAACGGAAGGCCGAAACCAAGGCCUCCGCCCCCACCAAGAAGGGCAAUGUGUGCCCAAUGUGCGCUCACCCUCACUCGGGAGAGUGCAGUACUCCCAAGUGCAGGCAGUGCCAUGGCUACCAUGGCUCUCGACUUACCUGCUUCGAAGCCGCCGCCAAACGGCAACAAGCUGGUCUUCCGCCGGUCGCCCCGGCUCAGCCAACCGCCGCCUCUGAUCAAUUAAUGUUCAGAGACGCUUUCCGCGAAGUCCAUCGAACGGGCUCGCAGGCGGGAUUGGCUGCUAUGACGAACAUGUUCGUCACCACCAUGGAGGCCCAUGGGUCCUCCUCCAAGUCCUCCGCUCCCGUCCGCGGCAAGAGAAAGCAGCGCGACGAUGACGACGACGAGGGCAAGGGCAAGGGCAAGAAAUCCCGAGGCCCUGACCCUUGA